AGACAUUUUAUUGUUUCAUUUGGUUUGAUGUGUGUGUGUGUUUGUGUAUCCUUAAUGAUAUAACCAAUCAUUAUCAAUCGAAUUAGAACGAAACAAAACCUUAAAUUGAAAUUUACGCCUAUUACGUGUGUGACAUAUUUAUAUUUGUGAAUUUGAAGAUAAUUUAUUUCUCUUUCUCUAUCUCACCAUCAUCAGCAUCAUCAUCAUUGUUAACAUAUAAUCAAUUUGAAGAAAAAAAAAUAGAUUACAAAAUGGCUGAAAAUAUUCAAAUGAACAACGAUGUUGUUGUUGUGGUUUCUCAUGCCGAUGAUAAUGGCAAUGAAAAUAAUAACGAAUUAGAAACUGCCAAAGCAUUUGCUAAGGAUUUUAUUGAAAAACAAUUUGCUCAAGAAAUUGCCGAAAAAAUGACAACAUUUGAACAGGAAACAAUGGAUCUUAAGAUUCGAACAUCAACAACAACCAACGAUAUAGAUGUUGAAACAUCAGCAACUCCAAUUUGCAAUGGUAAUGCAAAACCUGUUCAAAAUGGUGAUGAUCAUCUAUCGAACGAUAAUGUUCCAUCCGUUACUGUGACUAUGGUUGAAGAGAUAAAAAACCCAUCCGAUUCGGAAAUUGAAAAUGAACAAUCAGAGUAUGUAGAUGCGACUGAUUCGAUACAGGAAACGCCAGCUACUGGUGUUACUAUGGUAGAAACAAUCACUACAGAAGAACUGGCAACGGAUGUUACAAUGGAAGAAUCAGUUUCCGAAGAAAAACUUUCCGAAGCUCCAAUGACUAACGUGAAUGGAGAUGAAACAGUCGAAGAAUCUCCAGCAACAGACUUUAAAACUGAACAAAUUGUUCAACAAUAUCCCUUGACAAAUGUUACAAUGAAAGAAUCUGUUCCAGAACCUUUAACGACAACAAACGUUACCAUUGAAGAAACGGUUCCAGAUUCACCAAUAAUGACUAUGGAAGAAACUGAGCCAGUAACAUCGAUUACUACUGUCGAAUCCGAACAUGAAAUAACAUCCGACGAGCCACCGAUGACUAAUAUUACUGGUGUAAUGGGAAUGGAAAACGGUCACGUCGAGCAUCUGGAAUCACCAAAAACCAAUGGUGCCGCACUUGAAAAUAAAACACCGACAAAUGAUACGUCAAACGUUGUGGAACCUGGUCAAACAGAAAUGCAUCAUGAACAUCAUGAUAAUGUUGAAAUGUAUAAAAAUUUCAAAAAAAUGGGAAUCAAUGAAAAUUGGUGGAAAGAAAGACGAUCGGCCAAUGAAAAAGAACAAGAAGAAUCGAAAGUACCGGUGGAUAAAUUUCGUACAAUUAAACAGAAUAUUCGUCGUGGUAAUACACGAUCAUUGAAAGAACGUUUCGAAAAUUUGAGUAAAUUAACUGAAUAAAAUUGAACAAAAAAAAAAA